UUGUGGCUGUGGUGCACACUCUGGUGGUAGCAACGAAAUUGUGAUUAGUGAAUGGUGAAAACUAUUGCGUAGGGUAAUGACCACGGUGAUGCACGGGAGUCUCCAUCAUGCUCCGAUUUUGGGGAACCACCAAACCUUUGCCAUGCCGAUACGCCAGCUGUUUCCUCCUUAUUUUAUUUAUUUAUUUAUUUAUUUUCUCAUUAUUUUUUUACUACUUUAUGCUUCCUCACUCUUUCUUCCAACUAUCCUUUUCUUUCCAGUUUCCAAUUUCACUGUCACCUCUUUCCUUUUUCCUCACUCGUUAUUUCCACCUUUUUUUUUUUAUUAUUAAAUUUCUUAGCAGACAUGUAAACCAACCUUUACCAGGUAUUAUCUUCAUUUUUAUUCUUUUUAUUUAUUCGUCGUAAUUAUUAUUAGAUUCGAUUACUUAAUUCGAUUUUCUCCGAUUCAUGACGUUCUUAGCAUAGCUUUUGAUUCAAUUUUCGUUUCAGGGUUUGAUUUUGGAUUUUAUUAUCCUAAACUAAACGGUGGUAAUUCGAUUCGAUCUCAUUUUUCACAUUAAUCAGCCAUGGAGAUCCGUGCCGAUGCAGAAACUAGUUCAUAUUCAAGUUUGUUUGCGGCAUUGUCAUAUGGAAUUGCAUCAAUGGCAAUGGUCUUUAUCAAUAAAGCUGUUCUCAUGCAGUAUGCGCAUUCAAUGACUCUUCUCACUUUGCAGCAACUGGUUACCACCUUGCUUAUACACAUUGGUCGAAAUAUGGGUUAUACAAGAGCAAGAGGAGUGGAUAUGGCAACGGCCAAGCAACUACUCCCGGUUUCAUUUUUCUAUAAUGCAAAUGUCGCAUUUGCUUUGGCCAGUUUGAAAGGAGUCAAUAUCCCAAUGUAUAUUGCAAUUAAGAGGCUUACACCGCUUGCUGUACUUAUCGCUGGAUGUUUCUUGGGGAAGGGGAGGCCUUCAACUCAGGUGACUCUCUCAGUGAUAUUGACAGCUGCUGGAGUUCUCAUAGCGGCCCUUGGAGAUUUUUCCUUCGAUCUUUUUGGGUAUAGCAUGGCUUUCAUUUCUGUUUUCUUCCAGACCAUGUACCUUGUGCUAGUUGAAAAAUCUGGCGCUGAGAAUGGACUUUCAUCAGUGGAAAUCAUGUUCUACAAUAGUUUCUUAUCUGUUCCAUUUUUGAUGUUUCUUAUUAUAGCCACAGGGGAAUUCCCAAAUUCUUUAUCUGUAUUAUUUGCAAAGAGUUAUUCCUUUUCAUUUUUGGUGAUCCUUAUUCUUUCGUUGGUAAUGGGAAUUGUUCUCAAUUACACCAUGUUCCUGUGCACAAUUGUUAAUUCUGCUUUAACUACAACUAUUGUGGGCGUUCUUAAAGGAGUUGGUUCCACGACCCUUGGUUUCGUCUUACUGGGUGGUGUUCAAGUCCAUGCUUUGAAUGUGACUGGAUUGGUUAUCAAUACAGCUGGUGGUGUGUGGUAUUCAUUUGCUAAAUAUCAGCAGAAAAAAAGUAAGACAGUGAAGCUAGUCACAGAUGUGGAGGCUCAUCGUAAAUAGAAGUGGUUUUGAUGAUUCACCACAAAAACCAUCGGUUGCUUAAUUGUUUCUUUUUCUUUAAUUUGAUUUAUUAGUUGUAUAAUUGUAUUUGUAGUUCAAUCUCUCAUCAUUUUACAGUAAUCAGAGAUUCACAUAGUUGGAGGCCUCAGAGUUACGUAGUAUACUGACACGAUAUUCAAAAGCCAAUAAAAUAAUUGGACUUCUGUUGUGCAAAUACAGCAGAAUAUCAGAUUAGGGCAUUAUGGGUGGUGUCUUUUUUAUUUUAUGCUCUGGACUCAGGAAUGUGAAUUUUGUUCCAUGGUUUGUAGUAAAACUUUGGUCCCAACAACUAACAAGGUGCAGAUUGGCAUUCUUGUAGUCGUACUUUGUACAUGUACAUGUGUGAUCACCCUGCCUCGCCCCUCCCACAAAUAAGUAUAUCAUUUUUUUCUUCUUGUAA